AUGAUACGCAGCAGCCGGUCAGUGUACCUGCCGCAUCACACACUCACAGUAACCGUGCAGAGCUCGCGGGCGUUCAUGGGGUUUCUGCUGCAGGCGCGCUCAGUGCUGGAGGAUCGUGUGAUUGGAGGAGAGUUCAGGCUUCACCCUCCCAGCACACACACACUGUCCUGUGUCAGUCCUGAUGACACGGUCACACACUCAGACAAAAUGAUGAAGAGGAACCUGUCGUUCAGCUGGAGAGCCCCACCGCAACCCAGCGGAGACCUGCGCUUUUACAUCACACUGGUUCAGUCUUACUUUGUGUACUGGGCUCGAAUCAGAUCAGCAGUAGUGCAUGAUGGGACACGGAGCUCUUCUGUUACUGACGGUCACAUAGGACAAGAGACAGCAAAUGUGACAGCCUCUGUGUUGGAACAUAGAGUCCAAAAAGCAACACUGUCCACAAACACACAAACGUCUACACAAACUAACUCGCACACUUUCAUACACUCACAAUAUAACAAACACACAACCAAACCGGCUCCAUUGAGCACACACGCCUCUAUACCAUUAUAUUAUAACACACAAACCUCUACACAACCACAAUACAACACACCCACACCGUUGAACACAUACAGCUAUAUAAACUUACAACAUAAAAUGCACACCAACACACUUACACCAUAUAACAAACAUUCUUCCAUACCCUCACAAUAUAACACACACACCAACACACCUGGACCGUUGAGCACGCACACCUCUACACAACCACAGAAUAACACACACACCAGCACACCUGCACCGUUGGACACACACACCUCUACACAACCACAGAAUAACACACACACCAACACACCCGCACCGUUGGACACACAAACCUCUAAACAACCACAGAAUAACACACACACCAACACACCUGCACCAUUGGACACACACACCUCUACACAACCACAGAAUAACACACACACCAACACACCCGCACCGUUGGACACACACACCUCUAAACAACCACAGAAUAACACACACACCAACACACCUGCACCGUUGGACACACAAACCUCGACACAACCACAGAAUAACACACACACCAACACACCUGUACCGUUGAACACACACACCUCUACACAACCACAGAAUAACAUACACACCAACACACCUGCACCGUUUAACACACACACCUCUACACAACCGCAGAAUAACACACACCCCAACACACCCGCACCGUUGGACACACACACCUCUACACCAGCACAGAAUAACACACACACCAACACACCUGCACCGUUUAACACACACAACUCUACACAAACGCAGAAUAACACACACACCAUCACACCUGCACCGUUGGACACACACACCUCUACACAACCACAGAAUAACACAAACACCAACACACCCGCACCGUUGGACACACACACCUUUACUCAACCACAAUAUACCACACACUUUUCCAUACACUCACAAUAUAACACACACAUCUCUACACAACCACAAAGUAACAAGUAUACCAACACACCUGCACCAUUGAACACACACACCUCUACACAACCACAACAUAGAACACACACCAACACACCUGCACCGUUGGACACACACACCUCUAAACAACCACAGAAUAACACACACACCAACACACCUGUACUGUUGAACACACACACCUCUACACAACCACAGAAUAACACACACACCAACACAUCUGCACCUCACAUCCCCAACACACGCAACACUCACACGCAUCUCAAACCCUCUCCGGCUCCUCGCCGAUCUCUCUCAGACCUCUUCCUAUCCCAGAAGCCCACAGAGGCUUCGGUGUCAGUGACCCAGAGACAGCGGGACACGUUUCAUCCAUCUGGAAAUCUUCUCAAACCACGGAACCGUGCCAAAGAUCUUCCAGGAGCUACAGAGACGGGAGGAGAGAGACCGGAGCGCGUCCCCAGACAGAACAGAUCUGAGCUGGGUCUGCUGCUGGGUCUCUCCGCCGCUCUGGGCAUGGCCAUCGCCGGCGGUCUCAGGUACCUGCAGAGGAAACACUGCCGCAAACGGACCGCCGUCUCGCUUCAUAACCAUCGCCAUGACAACAGAGGCAUCAUCCAUGUGCAAGAGUGUGGAGACCUGGUGCAGGUGCGCAAAAUCCGACAAAACAGUUUCCUGGUGCUGCAGUCCGAGUAUGAUCUCAUUACCCCGACAGGAGACUGA